AUGCUGUGGUGCAGUUGCAGACGGCGUGUGGAAGGGUUGCAGCAUGCUGUGGUGCAGUUGCAGACGGCGUAUGAGAAGAGAGAGCAGCUGGAGAGACGCCUGCGCACACGGCUGGAGAGAGAGCUACACACUGCACACGCAACAGGUACCACACAACGCUGUCAUAGCGGGUGUCAUAACAAUGUCUGUAUUGGCUAAAACUGCGUUUUAAUUUCUCCAUCUGUCGCUUCCUUCUUCCUCUGCUUCUCUCUCCUCCCCUCAGAGUGUGUGUGGGACCUCUGGGCCAGGUGUGUGUGGGGGUGUAGGGGAGGGCAGUGCCCCAGCUCUGAGGGAGCUGGCUCUAGAGGCUGGGAACAGAAGUACCUGCAGGAGAACGCCAUGAGACACUUUAACAUGGAGACUGCUGCUACAGCCAACCCACACAGGUACACACACACACUCUCAUACACAUAGGUAGAGAAGGGUAGAGAUGGCGCUGCAGUGGAUAGCAGCUGUUUUACAUUGGCUUGACCUGUUUUUACACUGAUCUUAAUCUGACUGAAAACAACUUCUGGAGAUCACUAACCUCGUUUUGGAUGAAUAUUUCUACUUCAACGAGUCGGCAGCUCUGGAUGGUCUGCUUACUCCAGACCAGGCCCUGAUCCCCGGGGCUCAUUACUCCGGACCAGGCACUGAUCCUCGGGACUCAUUACUCCAGACCAGGCCCUGAUCCCCGGGACUCAUUACUCCGGACCAGGCCCUGAUCCCCGGGGCUCAUUACUCCGGACCAGGCACUGAUCCUCGGGACUCAUUACUCCAGACCAGGCCCUGAUCCCCGGGACUCAUUACUCCGGACCAGGCCCUGAUCCCCGGGACUCAUUACUCCGGACCAGGCACUGAUCCUCGGGACUCAUUACUCCGGACCAGGCACUGAUCCCCGGGACUCAUUACUCCGGACCAGGCACUGAUCCCCGGGACUCAUUACUCCGGACCAGGCCCUGAUCCUCGGGACUCAUUACUCCGGACCAGGCCCUGAUCCUCGGGACUCAUUACUCCGGACCAGGCCCUGAUCCUCGGGACUCAUUACUCCGGACCAGGCCCUGAUCCUCGGGACUCGAAAGAGGAAGCGACGGCGCAAAAGAGGCACAUGAGACGGUAUCCUGAAGAGACUACGUUGGCGAGCAAAUAAACCGCCUCGACCCUCCGUUCUGUUGGCAAACAUACAGUCACUAGAGAACAAACUGGACAAGCUCCGUUCGAGACUAUCCUGUCAACGGGAUCUGAAGAACUGUUAUGUUCUAUGUUUCUCUGAUCGUGGCUGAACAAGGACAUGGAUAAUAUACACUGCUCAAAAAAAUAAAGGGAACACUAAAAUAACACAUCCUAGAUCUGAAUGAAUGAAAUAAUCUUAUUAAAUACUUUUUUCUUUACAUAGUUGAAUGUGCUAACAACAAAAUCACACAAAAAUUAUCAAUGGAAAUCAAAUUUAUCAACCCAUGGAGGUCUGGAUGUGGAGUCACCCUCAAAAUUAAUGUGGAAAACCACACUACAGGCUGAUCCAACUUUGAUGUAAUGUCCUUAAAACAAGUCAAAAUUAGGCUCAGUAGUGUGUGUGGCCUCCACGUGCCUAGAUGACCUCCCUACAACGCCUGGGCAUGCUCCUGAUGAGGUGGCGGAUGGUCUCCUGAGGGAUCUCCUCCCAGACCUGGACUAAAGCAUCCGCCAACUCCUGGACAGUCUGUGGUGCAACGUGGCGUUGGUGGAUGGAGCGAGACAUGAUGUCCCAGAUGUGCUCAAUUGGAUUCAGGUCUGGGGAACGGGCGGGCCAGUCCAUAGCAUCAAUGCCUUCCUCUUGCAGGAACUGCUGACACACUCCAGCCACAUGAGGUCUAUCAUUGUCUUGCAUUAGAAGGAACCCAGGGCCAACCGCACCAGCAUAUGGUCUCACAAGGGGUCUGAGGAUCUCAUCUCGGUACCUAAUGGCAGUCAGGCUACCUCUGGCGAGUACAUGGAGGGCUGUGCGGCCCCCCAAAGAAAUGCCACCCCACACCAUGACUGACCCACCGCCAAACCGGUCAUGCUGGAGGAUGUUGCAGGCAGCAGAACGUUCUCCACGGCGUCUCCAGACUCUGUCACGUCUGUCACGUGCUCAGUGUGAACCUGCUUUCAUCUGUGAAGAGCACAGGGCGACAGUGGCGAAUUUGCCAAUCUUGGUGUUCUCUGGCAAAUGCCAAACGUCCUGCACGGUGUUGGGCUGUAAGCACAACCCCCACCUGUGUACGUCGGGCCCUCAUACCACCCUCAUGGAGUCUGUUUCAUGAGCAGACACAUGCACAUUUGUGGCCUGCUGGAGGUCAUUUUGCAGGGCUCUGGCAGUGCUCCUCCUGCUCCUCCUUGCACAAAGGUGGAGGUAGCAGUCCUGCUGCUGGGUUGUUGCCCUCCUACGGCCUCUUCCACGUCUCCUGAUGUACUGGCCUGUCUCCUGGUAGCGCCUCCAUGCUCUGGACACUACGCUGACAGACACAGCAAACCUUCUUGCCACAGCUCGCAUUGAUGUGCCAUCCUGGAUGAGCUGCACUACCUGAGCCACUUGUGUGGGUUGUAGACUCCGUCUCAUGCUACCACUAGAGUGAAAGCACCGCCAGCAUUCAAAAGUGACCAAAACAUCAGCCAGGAAGCAUAGGAACUGAGAAGUGGUCUGUGGUCACCACCUGAAAAACCAGUCCUUUAUUGGGGGUGUCUUGCUAAUUGCCUAUAAUUUCCACCUGUUGUCUAUUCCAUUUGCACAACAGCAUGUGAAAUGUAUUGUCAAUCAGUGUUGCUUCCUAAGUGGACAGUUUGAUUUCACAGAAGUGUGAUUGACUUGGAGUUACAUUGUGUUGUUUAAGUGUUCCCUUUAUUUUUUUGAGCAGUGUACAUCUCGCUGGUUUUUCCAUGCAUUGCCAAGAACGGUCGGCAGCCUCAGGUAAGAUGGGUGGGAGGGGUGUGUCUCUUUGUUAAAAACAGCUUGUGUGCGAUCUCACAUUUCUGCUCGCCUGAGUUAGAAUACCUCAUGAUAAGCUGUAGACCACACUAUUUACCAAGAGAGUUUUCAUCUAUAUUUUUCGUAGCUGUCACGAUCGUCAGGGAGAGACCAAUGCGCAGCGUGUUGAACGAACAUGGUAUUUAUUAUCUUCAGUGAUAACAUACACAACCAACAAAACAACAAACGACUCGUAACGUCCUCGGUAACAAUGACCAACACGGAACAAGAACCCACAAACACAAAGGGAAAAUAGACAGUAUAAAUAUGGCUCCCAAUCAGAGACAACCAACGACAGCUGACACUCGUUGCCUCUGAUUGGGAGUCACUCUAGCCAACAUAGAAAUAAACACAACUAGAACUACCAACAUAGAAAUCUAACACAUAGAAUGAACACACCCUGGCUCAACAUAUAGAGUCCCAGAGCCAGGGUGUGACAGUACCCCCCUCUAAAGGCGCGGACUGCGACCGCGCCUCAACUAGAGCAAAACAGGGGAGGGCUGGGCGGGCAUACCUCCUCGGUGGCGGUUCUGGCUCCGGCCUUGACCACCACCCUCCAAUAAACCCCCCAUAGCGCCCCUGGUCCAGUCUGGCCCCGCUGGCUGGAGCUGAACUGGACGUAGCAGGGGCGGUUAGCUUCAGCUCCGUAGUGGAGCAGUUGACCGGUACCUUCCCAGGCACCGGUGACCCAGGCACGGGUUGUGCUGGACUGACGACGCGCACCCCGGGCUUAGUGCGUGGAGGAGGAACGGGCCUUACCAGGCUGACGACGCGCACCCCUGGCCUGGUGCGUGGAGGAGGAACGGGCCUUACCAGGCUGACGACUCGCACCCCUGGCUUGGUGCGUGGAGGAGGAACGGGCCUUACCAGGCUGACGACUCGCACCCCUGGCUUGGUGUGUGGAGGAGGGACGGGCCUUACCAGGCUGACGACUCGCACCCCUGGCUUGGUGCGUGGAGGAGGAACGGGCCUUACCAGGCUGACGUCUCGCACCCCUGGCUUAGUGCGAGUGGCAGGAACAGGCCGGGCCGGGCUGGCGACGCGCACCGUAGACUUGGUGCGAGUGGCAGGAACAGGCCGGGCCGGGCUGGCGACGCGCACCGUAGACUUGGUGCGAGUGGCAGGAACAGGCCGGGCCGGGCUGAUGAUGCGCACCAUAGGCUUGGUGCGUGGAGCAGGGACAGGCCGGGCCGGGCUGGCGACGCGCACCGUAGACUUGGUGCGAGUGGCAGGAACAGGCCGGGCCGGGCUGACAAUGCACACCGUAGGCUUGGUGCGUGGAGCAGGGACAGGCCGGGCCGGGCUGGCGACGCGCACCGUAGACUUGGUACGAGUGGCAGGAACAGGCCGGGCCGGGCUGACGAUGCGCACCAUAGGCUUGGUGCGUGGAGCAGGGACAGGCCGGGCCGGGCUGGCGACGCGCACCGUAGGCUUGGUGCGUGGAGGAGGAACGGGCCUUACCAGGCUGGCGACGCACACCGUAGGCUUGGUGCGUGGACCAGGGACAGGCUGGACUGGGCUGGCGACGCACACCGUAUGCUUGGUGCGUGGAGCAGGGACAGGCCGGACUGGGCUGGCGACGCACACCGUAGUCUUGGUGCGUGGAGCAGGAACAGGCCGGACUGGGCUGACGACGCACCCCGUAGGCUUGGUGCGUGGAGCAGGGACAGGCCGGACCGGGCUGGCGACGCAUACCGUAGGCUUGGUGCGAGGAGCAGGGACAGGCCGGACCGGGCUGGCGACGCUCACCGUACAGUUGGUGCGAGGGGCCGGAACAGGCCGGACCGUACUGGGGACACACACCACUGGCUCUACCUCGGGAUCUGGAACGGGCCGGACCGGACUGGUAACACACCCCAGUACCUCUCGCCGUGCCUCUACACCUUCCUUCCCUGCUUUGACCAGUGGCCCCCGUAACCUGGUGGCCUUCUGAAUCCGCCCCUUUUCUGCCUCCGUCAGCCCCGUCGUCCAUGCCCUGUGCCCCCCCCUAAAAAUUAUUUGGGGUUGCCUCUCGACCGUCCGACGACGACCCUGAUCACGCCGUUGCUCCUCUCUCCGUCGCCUCUCUACAGUCUCACUCCAUGGCCGGCGAUCCAUCCCGGCUAGGAUUUCUUCCCAGGUCCAGGACCCUUUCCCGUCCAAUAUCUCCUCCCAUGUCCAGGCUGCCUGCUCCUGGACACGCUGCUUGGUCCUGGUAUGGUGGGUUCUUCUGUCACGAUCGUCAGGGAGAGACCAAUGUGCAGCGUGUUGAACGAACAUGGUAUUUAUUAUCUUCAGUGAUAACAUACACAACCAACAAAACAACAAACGACUAGUAACGUCCUCGGUAACAAUGACCAACACGGAACAAGAACCCACAAACACAAAGGGAAAACAGACAGUUUAAAUAUGGCUCCCAAUCAGAGACAACCAACGACAGCUGACACUCGUUGCCUCUGAUUGGGAGUCACUCUGGCCAACCUAGAAAUAAACACAACAGAACUACCAACAUAGAAAUAAACACAUAGAAUGAACACACCCUGGCUCAACAUAUAGAGUCCCAGAGCCAGGGUGUGACAGUACCCCCCCCUAAAGGCGCGGACUGCGACCGCGCCUCAACUUGAACAAAACAGGGGAGGGCUGGGUGGGCAUACCUCCUCGGCGGCGGUUCUGGCUCCGGCCUUGCCCACCACCCUCCAAUAAACCCCCCAUAGCGCCCCUGGUCCAGUCUGGCCCCGCUGGCUGGAGCUGAACUGGACUUAGCAGGAGCGGUUAGCUUCAGCUCCGUAGUGGAGCAGUUGACCGGUACCUUACCAGGCACCGGUGACCCAGGCACGGGUUGUGCUGGACUGACAACGCGCACCCCUGGCUUGGUGCGUGGAGGAGGAACGGGCCUUACCAGGCUGACGACUCGCACCCCUGGCUUGGUGCGUGGAGGAGGAACGGGCCUUACCAGGCUGACGACGCACACCGUAGGCUUGGUGCGUGGAGCAGGGACAGGCCGGGCUGGGCUGGCGACGCACCCCGUAGGCUUGGUGCGUGGAGCAGGGACAGGCCGGGCUGGGCUGGCGACGCACACCGUAGGCUUGGUGCGUGGAGCAGGGACAGGCCGGACCGGGCUGGCGACGCACACCGUAGGCUUGGUGCGUGGAGCAGGGACAGGCCGGACUGGGCUGGCGACGCACACCGUAGGCUUGGUGCGUGGAGCAGAGACAGGCCGGACUGGGCUGGCGACGCACACCGUAGGCUUGGUGCGAGGACCAGGGACAGGCCGGACCGUACUGGGGACACACACCACUGGCUCUACCUCGGGAUCUGGAACGGGCCGGACCGGACUGGUAACACACCCCAGUACCUCUCGCCGUGCCUCUACACCUUCCUUCCCUGCUUUGACCAGUGGCCCCCGUAACCUGGUGGCCUUCUGAAUCCGCCCCUUUUCUGCCUCCGUCAGCCCCGUCGUCCAUGCCGUGUGCCCCCCCCCCUAAAAAAAUUCUGGGGUUGCCUCUCGCCUGUCCGACGUUGACACUGCUGACGCCGCUGCUCCUCUUUCGCCAGGGCCUUUCCCGGCGCUUCCUCCCAUGUCCAGUCCAAGUUCUGCCCCGGGACACGCUGCUUGGUCCUUACUUGGUGGGUUCUUCUGUCACGAUCGUCAGGGAGAGACCAAUGCGCAGCGUGUUGAACGAACAUGGUAUUUAUUAUCUUCAGUGAUAACAUACACAACCAACAAAACAACAAACGACUCGUAACGUCCUCGGUAACAAUGACCAACACGGGACAAGAACCCACAAACACAAAGGGAAAAUAGACAGUAUAAAUAUGGCUCCCAAUCAGAGACAACCAACGACAGCUGACACUCGUUGCCUCUGAUUGGGAGUCACUCUAGCCAACAUAGAAAUAAACACAACUAGAACUACCAACAUAGAAAUCUAACACAUAGAAUGAACACACCCUGGCUCAACAUAUAGAGUCCCAGAGCCAGGGUGUGACAGUAGCCGUCUAUUUACCACCACAAACUGAUGCUGGCACUAAGACUGCACUCAACCAGCUGUAUAGGGCCAUAAGUAAACAAGAAAAUACACAUCCAAUGGCGGCGCUUCUCGUGGCCGGGGAUUUUAAUGCAGGGAAACUGAAAUCCGUUUUAAACUCAUUUUUACCAGCAUGUCACCUGGGCAACUAGAGUUGCCAAAAUUCUAGAUCACCUUUACUAGAUCACCUUUACUAGAUCACCUUUACUAGAUCACCUUUACUAGAUCACCUUUACUAGAUCACCUUUACUCCACACACAGAAACGCAUACAAGGCUCUCCCUCGCCCUCCCUUUGGCAAAUCUGACCAUAACACUAUCCUCCUGAUUCCUGCUUACAAGAAAAACAGGAAGUGGUCCGAUGAAGCGGAUGCUAAGCUACAGGACUGUUUCGCUAGCACAGACUGGAAUAUGUUCCGGGAUUCAACCGAUAACAUUGAGGAGUUUACCACAUCAGUCACCGGCUUCAUUAAUAACUGCAUCGACGACGUCGUCCCCACAGUGACCCUACGUACACAUCCCAAACAGAAGCCAUGGAUAACAGGCGACAUCCGCACUGAGCUAAAGGCUAGAGCUACCGCUUUCAAGGAGUGGGACGCUAAUCCGGACGCUUAUAAGAAAUCCCGCUACGACCACCGACGAGCCAUUAAACAAGCAAAAGCGUCAAUACAGGACUUAGAUCGAGUCCUACUACACCGGCUCUGACACUCGUCGGAUGUGGCAGGGCUUGCAAACUAUCACGGAUUACAAAGGGAAAUCCAGCCGCGAUCUGCCCAGUGACGCGACUCGAGCCUACCAGACGAGCUAAAUUAAUUCUACCAGCUGUUCCGGACGACUGUGUGAUCUCGCUCUCCGUAGCUGAUGUGAGUAAGACCUUUUAAACAGGUUAACAUUCACAAAGCCACGAGACAAAUUACCAGGAUGCGUACUCGGAGCAUGCGCUGACCAGCUGGCAAAUGUCUUCACUGAUAAUUUCAACAUCUCCCUGACCCAGUCUGUAAUAGCUAUGUACAUGUUUCAAGCAGACCACCAUAGUCCCUGUGCCCAAGAACGCCAAGGUAACCUGUCUAAAGACUACCGCACCGUAGCACUCACAGCUGUAGCUAUAAAAUACUUUGAAAGGCUGGUCAUGGUUUUGGCUCACAUCAACACCAUCAUCCCAGAUACCCUGGACCCACUCCAAUUCUCAUACCACCCCAACAGAUCCACAGAUGACGCAAUACCCCACCUCUUUAAGGAAUACCUGGGAUAGGAUAAAGUAAUCCUUCUACCCCCCCCCCCCCAAAAAAAAAUUUGUAAAGUGAUUAUCCCACUGGCUAUAGGGUGGUGAGUCGCUCUGGAUAAGAGCGUCUGCUAAAUGACGUAAAUGUGCCCUUGAGCAAGGCACUUAACCCUAAUUGCUCCUGUAAGUCGCUCUGGAUAAGAGCGUCUGCUAAAUGACUAAAAUGUAAAUGUAAAUGUAAUGUAAAUGCAAUCUCUAUUGCACUCCACACAGCCCUCUCCCACCUGGACAAGAGGAACUUGCUGUUCAUCGACUACAGCUCAGCGUUCAACACCAUAGUACCCUCAAAGCUCAUCACUAAGCUAAGGACCCUGGGACUAAACACCUCCCUCUGCAACUUGAUCCUGGACUUCCUGAUGGGCCGCCCCCAGGUGGUAAGGGUAGGUAACAACACAUCCGCCAUGCUGACCCUCAACACAGGGGCUCCUCAGGGGUGCGUGCUUAGUCCCCUCCUGUACUGCGUGGCCAAGCACAACUCCAACACCAUCAUUAAGUUUGCUGACGACACGACGGUGGUAGGCCUGAUCGCCAACCACGAUGAGACCGCCUAUAGGGAGGAGGUCAGAGACCUGGAAGUGUGGUGCCAGGACAACAACCUCUCCCUCCACGUCAGCAAUACAAAGGAGCUGAACGUCGACUACAGGAAACGGAGGGCCGAGUACACCCCCCCAUCCACAUCGACGGGGCUGUAGUGGAGCGGGUUGAGAGGUGUUCACAUCACUAAAGAAUGUACGUGGUCCACACACACCAACACAGUUGUGAAGAAGAUUUGUCAUGGUUCCCUCAGAUCCUCAAAAAGUUCUACAGCUGCACCAUUGAGAGCAUCUUGACUGGCUGCAUCACCGCUAUCGACCACAACGCGCUACAGAGUCUCUAUUUCUCCAUGCAUUGUUGGGAAGGGCCCCCAAGUAAGCGUUUCACUGUUAGUCUACACCUGUUGAUUACCAACUGUGACAAAUAACAUUUGAUUUGAUGUACACACACUCAUCCAACUGAACAUUUGAAUAUUCCUUUGUGUGUUGGUAGGGACACCCUGGUGGUACACUCUCACAGUGGUAGCUACAGUGAGAUGAUGGGCUGUACACUGUGGCAGGGGGGAACAGUGUACAGCAGGCUACCAGACGCUGCAAUAACAUGGAGCACAGGUACACACACACACACAAUCAAAGUGACUGAACUUGUCUAAAAGGUGUCCUAAUUGUUGAUUUAUUUAACCAGGAAAAGACCCUUGAGGAUAGGGAUGUGUAUUGGUUCAGAAAAUAGGAUCAAGGUUCUGUUUUCUGUGUGUGUGUGUACAGUAUAAGGGAGGGAUGCGAUGAUAAAGGUUUUACAGCAGCGGAACUCUCGCCGUGACCUCAGCGCCCUCUGCCCUGCCCGCUCCACCCCCUCCAUCUCCUUAGCAACAGGACUGCACCCACGACAAGCUUCUCAGACAGACGAGAGGAAAGAGAGAAACCUCCUCCCAUCCCUCCCCUUAAUCUCUUCCCCACCUUCCUCUUUAUCUACCUCAUCCUCUCUCCCACCCUCGGCUCUCUCCCUCCGCUACUCCAUUACACCUUCUCAUUCCUCCUCCACCCUCCCUUUCUCCUCUACCCUCCCUCUCUCCUCCUCCCUCCCCCUCCACUCCUCUCCUGUCCUCCCAUUCUAAGACGGGCAGUAGAGACAGCAGCACUCAGACUGACAAAGGUUCAGAGACCCUCAAAGUCCUGCCCCUCCCCAGCAGAGCCUGGCUGGGAUUGGCCAGGACCCAGAGGACAGGUGAGUGACAGCUGAGACUGAACAAUCAAGGAUCAGUGAACCCUCUCCAAAUGUAAUGUAAAUCUGACCCUAGUUCAGCAACUUCAUUCUAACUUCUGAUAUUCUACAUAUAACUAUCAGUCUUCAGCUAACUGUUCUCUCUGUCUCCGUAGAUAAGACUAGAACCCAGCUCCUACUAGGCACAGACAAAGUGGAGAUCCUCAUCUAA